UUUUUUAAAUGCCCGUGCUUGCCUCCCUCUCGCUGGGACUCCGAGGGUUUAGGGUUUUCUCUCGCUUUGGCUUUUGGGCGAGGAGGGGAUGGCGGAUGAUGCCGCCUACUUGGCGCUCGUGGAGCGCUUCAAAGCUGUGCUCGGCGGCCCCGAUCUCGCGGGACACGCGAGCGCUGGCGGCGAUCUGGCGGUUGAAUCGGUUGGCGAGAAGCGGAAUCGGGUCGGCGAGGGCGAGGGGGAGGAGAGGAACAAGCCGAGCAAGAAAGGACGCGGGGCGAGCGAAUGGUUUCUGGUGUACACGCAGUCGAGCAUUAUGAGGAAGCAGAGAUACAUGUACAAUGUUGCAGACGCCCGGGUAGCGCAGUACGUCGAAAAAGGACUUUCGGAUAAUCUCUUCAUCAGCGACGUCUCGUCGUCGUCGAAUCUAUGGGCUCUCAUUUUGGACGCUUCAACCGGCUUCACGGCGCAAGAGUACUUGAUCUCUUCCGUGUUUCUCAACAAGGAAUGGAUCGUGGAACACUGGAACAAAAACUACUUCAUUACCGCGGUAGCGGGUGCUAGCAAUGGACAUUCACUACUCGUCAUGUCCAAAGGACCACCUUACACUCAGCAGUCGUAUAAGAUAUCCAGGAAGUUCCCGUUCACCUGGAUAAAGAAGAAGUGGCGUCAAGGCUUUUUCGUGACCAAUCUCACCGCCACUGGCAAGCGCUGGGCAGCGGUAAUGUCAAAGACAACGUUUUUUAAUGAUCAGUACGUAGAACUUGACUGCACUUACACCCGGGAUAGACUUAAUCGGCUCCGUGGCCGGGGCUUCCAAAUCACUGCUGUUGGCAAUACUCCGGAGCACGCAGCAGUGGUUCUUAGUUCCUUCUCUGGAGAAAAUGGACAUGGCCGUUUUCCAGCUGCUGAGCAACAAGCAUCGAUCUCGGGAUCAUUUCCCAGCAACCAAGUCAAGGAGAAUUGGACAAGGCGACUAUACAUCUCGCAAAUGAGCUAUGGACGCACAAACCAUUUCGAAGGAAAGGCUGUGAAGCUCGCGAUUGGCAGGCCGGUAACUAACAGCGGUGAAGUAACAAUGGCGCUGUAAGAAAAAAAUUGAUUUUGCCUUGUACAAAGUAAAAGCGCUUUUUGUUCUUA